AUGACUAGUUCAGCUGCAGACAAAGUGCUAGGUUUCAGCAAUCAUGGUGAUAAUGGCUCUCCAAGCAGAACUGAGGACAGUGGAAAAAGAUGGGCACUUCUGGUAGCUGGAUCAAGGGGUUACAGUAACUACAGACAUCAGGCUGAUGUAUGCCAUGCAUACCAAAUACUGAAGAGAGGCGGAUUGGAAGAUGAGAACAUAAUUGUUUUCAUGUAUGAUGAUAUUGCAAGCAACCCUGAAAAUCCUAGGCCUGGUGUCAUUAUCAACAGGCCAAAUGGCACGGAUGUUUAUAGAGGAGUUCCAAAGGAUUAUACAGGGGAUAAUGUUAAUCCAGAAAAUUUGUAUGCUGCAAUUCUUGGAAACAGAAGUGCUCUCAAUGGAGGUAGUGGCAAGGUUCUUAAUAGUGGUCCAAAUGACCACAUUUUCAUCUAUUACUCUGACCAUGGAAGUCCAGGAGUACUUGGGAUGCCUGCUGGUGGGCAUGUUUAUGCUAAAGAUCUCAUAGAUGUGCUGAAGAAGAAGCAUGCUUCUAAAGGUUACAAAAGCAUGGUGCUUUACGUCGAAGCAUGUGAAUCUGGGAGAAUUUUUGAAGGCCUCCUUCCGGACAAUCUAAAUAUAUAUGCUACAACAGCAUCAAAUGCAGAAGAGAGUAGCUAUGGAACAUAUUGUCCUGGUGAGGAAGAUGUUCCUCCAGAAUAUUCUACUUGCUUGGGAGACUUGUAUAGUAUUUCCUGGAUGGAGGAUUGCGACAAGCAAGAUUUGCAUAAAGAAACUUUAGGGAAGCAAUAUGAAAUUGUUCGAAGAAGAACAAAUACAUCUCAUGUUAUGCAGUAUGGAGAUAUGAGUCAUAGACAUGAGUUCCUCUCUACUUACAUGGGGGAAGCUCAUACAAUUAAGGAUAGCCAUACUUCACCAUCAAUCUCAUCAGUUAAUAUUAGCCAAAGUGACGCUGACCUCCUCCAUUUCCAGUACAAGUUCCAAAGAGCUCCAGCCGGCUCUCAUCAGAAACUGGAAGCACAGAAGCAGCUGCAUGCUGAAAUUGCUCAAAGAAAACAAGAGGACUAUAAAAUAAAUCAAAUAGGGGAGCUUUCGUUUGGAAACCAGAAGAGCUCACAAGUAUUGAUGAAUGUCAGGCCUUCAGGGCAACCACUAGUCGAUGACUGGGACCGCCUCAAGAUGUUUGUGAGGACUUAUGAGAACUUCUGUGGAAUUCUGUCAACAUAUGGAAUAAAAUACACACAGGCUAUAGCCAACAUCUGCAAUGCUGGGGUUAUUAAAGAGAAAAUGGUUGCAGUCAAACUUGUUCUAAAACACCCCAACUCUAGUUAUGGUUCUUCAUGA